AUGGCUGUAGUGGAUGAUGAUCGCUCUUUGUCUACCACUGACUUGGCCCGUAGUUGGGAAAGUAUCCCAGAGCUACGUAGGCGUGCUCACAAACUUCAACUGGUGACCUUCACCCAGGAGAACUGCAUCAACCGAGACACUGUGGUGCAGAACGAGUUGGUUGUCACGCACACGUUGAACCACCUAGGAACACGGGUUGGUGUCGCCACCCUUGAAGUGCAUGUCGAAAGCUUCUAUGCAUUGAUGAACAUUCCAAUUCCCCGCAAUUGCAUUACGAUUCAAGCAUGGGCACUUCGGAGGAUGAUCUCUGUGUAUAACGCUGUGACACGCCGACCCCAUGUUCCAAGAGAGAAAGGCUUGAGAAGGAUUCUGAUCAGCCAGGGGUUUGACAUCCCGUUGGAAUCCCCACCACGCUCAGGUCCUAGCUCAAGCUCCUUGGAGAAUGGAGGUGCAGAGGGGCAUGAACCUGAGGACAUGGAGACUCUCGAGGAAGAAGAGGGCGAAUCUGAGUCUUUCACUGAUGAUGAGAGUGUUCGUCUUGAAUUGGAAGAUGAUGACGAUGAGAGUGUUCAUCUUGAAUUGGAAGAUGCGAGGAGUGGAAGUAACUUUGAUCAAUAG